CAGGGCACGCAGGCUGGGGCUGCUCUAUAAAGUCAGAGCAGCUGCUGCGGGUGUCCUGCAGCAGCAUCACGCCGUGGGUCCUGCCUGGAACAGAGCGAAGCCCCUGCAGCCGCUCCCUGCAGCCAGCUCCCACUCAUGGAGCUCCUCGCCCUGCGCUGGGUGCUGCUGGCCGGCACCUUGCUCAGCACGUCGGCCGCCAGCAGCGCCCUGCAGGAAGGAGACCUUGGCUCCAUCACGGUGAUAAUGGACAUGGCCCCAAACUCCUUUGAUGACCAAUAUGUGGGCUGCGCGCACGUGAUGUGGGCUAAUCUACAGAAGCUGAAGUGUACUGAGUUCGCCAGAAAUUAUGCCUAUGCUGUGGGUUGGAGGAAAGCAGCUGCAGAAUGGCAGAAGCGCUGGGGAUACCUCGCUCACCCCAUGCAGCUGAGACCAGAGCAGGCCAUUGCCCUGCUGGCAUACAGUGCUGCAAGCAACCUGUACCAGCAGUUCAAUGCAGCCACACGUCAGGGUGGAUGCUCCCACCAGUACUACGUCCACUUUUACCACUUCAAGACGCUGCACUUCCUCCUGACCCAGGCGCUGUUUGCCCUGCGAGCAUCCCAGCCCCGCUGCUACUACGUCUAUCGUGGUGUUCGGGGCAUCCGCUUCAUGACCCAAAGAGGGAAGUCUGUGCGCUUCGGCCAGUUCACCUCCACCUCCCUAAGGAAGGAUGUCGCAGUGAAUUUUGGCCAGGACACCUUCUUUGUGGUGAAGACCUGCUAUGGUGUCCCCAUCAAGCAGUUCUCCUUCUACCCUUCUGAGGAUGAAGUCCUCAUCCCACCCUUUGAAGUCUUUGAGGUCACCAACUUCUGCACUGGCAACGGUAGAAUUCAAAUCUAUCUCCGCUCUAAGGGGAAGAUGAGCAGACACAACUGUGAGCUUCUAAAGCCUCGGGGUGGGCAGUGGGGUCGGGGCCACCAGGAGGUGGGGUUGGGGCUCAGCCCUGGGCUGGCUCUGCCCGUCCUGCCCUGCUCCAACUGCAGCUGUUGGGGAUCAGGGCACAGAGCAGGUGACCCCAUCCCAGCAGCUGUGUAAGGGGAUGGGGAGUGUGGAGGUGAAGGGAACAUCUCUGUUUGUGGGGAGGUGGGGAUGUGGGGAGGUGGGGAGAUGGGGAGGUGGGGAGGUGGGGAAAUGGGAAGCUUGAGCAACGUGGAGCUCUGUGAAGCUGUGGGGGUGUGCAGGGGAAGCGCAGCAGCAGAAACCUCGUGUGGGGGUGGGUAGAGCCGUGUGCCCAAAGGCCGGUGGUGUGCGGGGCAGGGCCGCUCAGUGCGUGUGCCUGAGCCAGGCUGUGCCUCAUCGCCACAGCUUGUGCCCUCUGCUUAUUUCUCUCAUUAAAGCUCGAGUGUCAGCAG